AUGGUCGCUCUCAUGUCAGUAGGCAGCUCCUCCUGCCCGGCCCCGCCCUCGAAAUCGCGAUUUCGCAAGCGCCUGCGCGCGUGUUUCCCGCCCUUUCGUGCGACGGAAACGGCCGCAGCUGCACCUCAACCGCAACGGGCCACGUCCGUCGUGACAACCCCUGCGGAAGGUGCAACUGCAUCCGCACUUCGAUGUCGCUCGGACGUUGCUGGCGCGAGCCACUUGUGGUCUGCCCCAGAGAUGCUGUCUGCCCGUUCGAGUCAGCCCACUGAGUCUUUGCGGGACCAGUGCCGCCACCACAGCUCGUACCCGUGCUCAUUGCUAUCGACUACGUCGUCGUCUUCCACGAGGUCGUCCACGACUUCGGGGCCCAGGAAGGGCGUCACGUACGGAUGUGACGGCGCGCUGGUCUCCUGCCGGUUCUGCGAGAUCCUCAAGUCGGGCAAUGAGCCCUUCCUCUACGAGGACGAGGACGUCACUGUGUUUCGGCCCCUAGCCCCCGUCGUCGUCAGCCACAUCUUGGUCGUGCCGCGUCGACACAUCCGCAACGUAAACGAACUGACGCUCGAUGACGUAGCGCUGCUGCACCACAUGCGCGAGGUGGCCGCCAAUGUGCUUCGAGAGAUGCCCCGUCCUUCACGGCUGCUCGCCCCGCUUCGAAAGGCAGAGCGGACUCCGGGCACUGCCGUAGACAGCGCUGGCGACGACGACGACUUCAAGUUUGCCUUUCAUUCGCCGCCAUUCAACAGCAUCGACCAUGUCCACAUGCACGCCUUCCGAACGCGCGACGGACGCGUCGGCUGCGCCGACUCCAUCAAGUACCACACCGAGACGUGGUGGUGCCGCUCGUUCGACGAGGUCACGACUCGAUUGGGUCUCAGAGAUCUCGAGCAGCGUGAGGCCGACGCGGCAGCACAGGGGGUAGGGCCAUGCCGCUCACGUAGUCUGUUGCGUCGCGAUCGGACGGGCGCUCUGGUACCCGUUCAGUCGAAAGUUUAG